AAACAAUGAUCUAUAAAUAGACACCAAUUGGAGCUCAAGUUCCUCAAAGCAAAGCCUCAUAUUAACUCACUUCACAAGCUUCAAAACAUACAUACUCACAUUUUCCUACUUUUUCAAACUUCAUAACAAUGGAUGUGGUGACAGGGUUGGUGGCUGAAAAGCCAGUAGUGAUCUUCAGCAAGAGCUCUUGUUGCAUGAGCCACUCCAUAAAUUCACUAAUAUGUAGCUUUGGGGCAAACCCUACAGUCUAUGAGCUUGAUCAGAUACCAAAUGGAAGGCAAAUUGAAAGAGCACUGUUGCAGUUGGGGUGUCAACCAAGCGUACCAGCUGUGUUCAUAGGGCAAGAGUUCAUUGGUGGUGCAAAUGAGGUUAUGAGCCUCCAAGUAAGGAAUGAGCUGGUCCCAUUACUCAUAAGGUCCAAAGCUAUAUGGAUUUGGAAUAAAAGUAAAUAACUUCUGCAUCGAACUUCAACACCAUGUUUCUAUAAUAUAAUGCUACUGGGGCUUGAAUAAGUGGUGUUUUGUAACUCUACUUGUACUCUUUCCUUUUGGCUGA